AUGGAGCAGCUCGUCCAACUCGCAGUUGUCUUUGCGGUCCUUGGGCUCCUACGCGCUCUGUACCGCUUGCUCGUUCGGCCGUCUAUCGCUGACAUUCCUGGCCCGGAACCAACGUCAUUUUUGCUUGGGAAUCUACCCGAGCUAUUCCAGGAGGAGUCUGGAGAGAAGGACUUCGAGUGGCAGGAACAAUAUGGUAGCAUCGUGCGCGUAAAGGCGCCAUUUGGGGAAGACAUGCUGUGGAUUUCGGACCCCAAGGCCCUUCAGUACAUCUAUCAGACGUCAGGGUACAACUUCCCGAAGCAGCCUGAGCGCCGCAUUCUCUCCAGACUGGUCGGUGAUCCGGGACUGACGUGGGCAGAAGGCGAUGUGCAUAAGCGGCAGAGGAAGGUCAUGUUGCCAGCGUUCGGAAGUCCCGAGUCCAAGGCUCUUCUCCCCGUAUUCCGUCACUAUGCAGAGCAGGUAACGCUGAAAUGGAAGGACCUGCUCACUGGCAACGCGGAGGGCUCGAUCAAGAUGAACGUGCACGACUUUAUCGCACCGGCGACGUUGGAAGCUAUUGGAGAAGCCGCAUUCGAUUACAAGCUGGGCGUCUUGGGUGACGAUGCGAGUGAGCUUGGCAAGGCCUACAGCAACCUCAUAGCGACCAUAUUUUCCGCCCCGUCGAGCGCGAAGAUCUUCUUGCAAAACGUCGCGCACUAUGUGCCUAUGUGGAUUCAGGAAUACGUUUACGAUCACCUUCCGGGCAAAGGCCUCGAUAAGGCGCGUGAGAAUAGGGUUGCCGCGCACAAGGUCGCGCAUCAGCUCCUCGAAGAGAAGAGAAGCGCGUUGGCGAUUGGUAAGGCCGCCAGGGACGUCAUGAGUAUCCUUGUCAGAGAGAACGCGCAGGAGAGCGGGGAAUCGCGCCUAAGCCAUGAAGAAAUUAUCGCGCAGAUGAGAACUAUAAUGCUUGCUGGACAAGAGACGACAUCAAACACUCUCAGUUGGGCCCUGCUCGAGCUGGCGACGCAGCCAAACAUCCAGCGCCGCUUGCGUGAGGAGGUCCACGCCAUGGAACACACCAUUCGUGAACGCGGGGACGCGGACUUCACCGUUGCGGACUUCGAGGCGAUGCCGUACUUGCAAGCGGUCCUCAAAGAGAUCUUGCGCUUCUACCCCGCCGUUCCGCACACAUUCCGCCAGUCUCUUCGCGACGAUGUUUUGCCGCUUUCGAAGCCUGUGACGACGAGGUCGGGGAAGGUCAUUACGGAACUGCCCAUUCGCGCGGGUCUCAGGCUAAUCCUAUCCGUAUGUGCGUACAAUCGGGAAAAGGAGGUGUGGGGCGAAGACGCGCAAACGUUCAAUCCCGACCGGUGGCUAACGUCCGGCGGGAAACGUUCCUCGUCUGUCGGUGUCUAUUCCAACCUGUUGACCUUCGCGGGCGGUGUGCGAGCUUGCAUUGGCUGGCGCUUUGCGAUUUACGAGCUGCAAGCAUUCCUUGUAGAGCUCGUGUCAAAUUUCCAGUUUGAUCUCACCGAGGACGUGGACCGGAUCUGCAAGACGACUGCUAUCGUCAUGGUACCCACGCUCAGGGGCGAGCUCGCCAAGGGUGUACAGAUGCCACUGCGCGUGUCGCUUGCGCCUCGCGAGGAGUGA